CACUGUCCAGCUGAGCGUUGACCGUAGCCUCGCAGAUCUCUUCUUUUGCACAGGUUGGUGCUACAGUACAUACAUACAGUGGUAGGAGGAUAGCUGGUCAACAGAAGCUGCACCAACGCGCCAGAAGCAGUGGCGGACGCGAUCGCGCAAGACUGAGCCCCAUUUGCAACGUAUAGACGGCCAUAAGAACGCGAAAGAAGGAAGCUGGUGAUGCAGCCAUCAGUGAACAGAACCAGACACGAGCGCAGGGUUGCGCAUACGAACGAGACUUGAGGCAGCCGACACGAGAACCCAUGAUGGUAUCGCACCAUCCUCCGCCGUAUUCAGACCUGGGCCUGCCGCCACUGGCAGCUACAGCGCCAGUGUAUGCUCGUGCUCCUCGCGCAGCAUCAGUGAAUUCCGGACGCUCGCAUACACGCAGACACAGCUCGCGACAUGCCCGAAGUCAUCAUGGAGGAUCGAGUCAUGUCGCGCAGAACGAGUUCCCCUUCUUCUCGCAUACUGGAGACGUCGAGAUCAUCAUUGGAAACGAAAGCGGGCGGAAAGAGCAGAGAUACCUUUUGCACAGGUUGAUUUUGAGCCAGUGCUCUGGUUUCUUCGAGGCAGGAACGCGAGCAGAAUGGAGUGGACGGAUGAUUGAAAAUGCUGGUAGUUCAACUGGUACCGCUGGCGGACUGGCUCGGAUCAAUGAAACUGAGAGCGUGACGGCGGGCAGCAGUUCACGGGCAAGCAGUCAAGAGCGAAGACCUUCAUAUGAGCAAGGGAAGCGAAAAUGGAGAUACGAACUCGACUGGCGAGCGGCCGGCGAGGACGAUAUGCCUAUGCUUGUGCAGAAAGAUCACACUCCUGGUUCCAUGUUUGGAGGUGAUGGACCACCGGCUGUGCGAAACAAGCCGCCUAUAUCCAACGACAGCUUCUUUCGCAGCGUGGCCCACUUCAGCACGCUCAAUCUGACCGAGAGAAAUCAGCCCAGCGUACCCGCGGAACCUGGCGAUGAGGUUCUCAAGGACUAUGAUAACCUGUUCCGGACGAUGUAUCAAUACCCACCGACAUUAGAUACUGUCAACAUCGCCACGGCAUAUACCGAGUGCAAAGCGCUUCUGCACCUCGCAGAUAUGUACGAUGCUCUGGAGAUUGUGGGAACACGCGUUGAUCACCAUCUCCUACGAUUUGGUGCUCGAUUGUUCAAGCAGAUUGCGAAGUAUCCACCGAGCUACCUCAAGCUAGGGUAUUUGGCACGCUCGCGCACCAUCUUCACAGAAGCUCUGAUCCACGUUGUGGGACAAUGGCCUCUUGCAGCGCCGCAGCUUCGCGGUCAGGUUAACAUCAAUGUUAUGGAACUUCUUGAAGACAAGGUCGAUGAGCUGAGAGAGCUUGAGGAGCGCGUUGAAAGCAAGCUGUGGAGACUCAAUCUCACCACAAGUCGAGGCGAGCGUGUCACGCCCAGCAAUGACUUCCUAUCGUGGCUCGCCAUGUCUCUAUUCAGGCAAUGGCUAGCUGAGAAUACGACGCCUGCACCUACAGGCAUUCUCAAGGAUACAACCCGACCAGCAUCGGGCAAUGCAGCUCAAUCGACUCGAUCUUCUAGUCGAGGAGAAAAUCACGCCGUCUCCCAGCGUGUGUCCCAACAGCCUGCCUCGCAGGUGCAGCCCGUCCAGAACACCACCGGCCGAGUGUAUCGUCUUAUCGGAUCCUCGGAUCCAUCGAAGUAUCUCAACCACGAUCAGCUUAAAAGAUUUUUGAAAGCACCCAGUACGCAGCUAGGUACAGACUUUUACACUCGCGACAAUCUGAAGCGCUUCGAGCGCAGGAUCGACGAGGUCAAGAAUCUCGCCCGAGAUGCUGUGAAACCGCUCAUGCGAAAUUUCCUCGAACUAGAUCUUCGAGACUUCAGCCCUGCAGGUCUGGGCUAUUUGACAUGUACACGACUCGAGGACCGAGACAUACCAUGGGACGAAUGA